AUGCAAAACGCCAAGUCGUUUCUCAACGGCACUACGCCAAGUCUUUUCUCACUCAGAAAGUACUCCACACAAUCUCGCUUGUACCCCUCUGCCAAGCCGAAUAAUGACGCUAUCAGCCGCCCUCUCCUCUACGUCAAACUGCGGGCACUGAACAAGGGGGCGCCAUCAGACGGAUUUGUCCGGGCCCUCUACACACCCACUCCUCCCAACUCUCGCCGCAGCGACGAGCUUACCCACAGCGUGUGCAGCUGCCAAACAACCCCAUGCAUGAGGUUUCCCCGGAUCGCCGUACUAAAUACUCUGUUUAGGCUUCCCUUCGGCUACACCCGCAGACACUAG